ACGGUACUCGACCGUGCUCGUCUGCUGCGUCGUCUGCUGCGCCGCUGCUUCGCAUCUGCACCAAGUCGGCACCGACCGUGGAGCGGGUGCAGCAAAAUCACGAACCAGCCCUGCACCUUUCCUGCACUUUUUCAAACGAACGUCGUGGUUCUGCGGGCGUCAUUGCUGCACCGCUGAAACGAAUGGCAGGGUGCAGCACCUCGCGAACUGGUUCUAGUGGUGACGGCGCUGGCAUCGAGGCACCCUAGUGACGGCGAAUCGAACGUACCAAUCGGGGCCACGUGACUACAUUCCGAACAGUGAAUCUUGGCGGUGAGUGCGCGCGUAUCCUGACAGUUGCUUUGUUAUGUGGUUGUGUACGCUUUUAUUUGCAUAGCUUUUUCUUACUCCGUACCGUGGUCUCUUCGCGCCUAUCAAUGGAGCCUCCCGCUCGGAAGAGGAAAAUGUACCUGCACGAUGGCCAACGUUUUCACGUUCCCUCAUCGACACGCCGCUAUAGGUUGCGUCACAUGUCACAGCCGGUUGCGCAAGGGCAUGCUUCGAACAUUGCCGAGUCUGAUCUGUCCUGCUCGUUUGACGACUGUCCGCUACUUUCAGACGAUGAAAUCGGCGCAUCGUCAGCUGGCCGUCAGACUGAGAAUGCAUGCCCGGCCCCAGACGAAGGCAACGAAAGCGGGCAAUCCGACCCAGUACCGCCGAUAGACGUUGCCCAAGCGCUCGCAACGGCUCUGCGCGAGUAUGGCACGGCCACCCUUCCUGGAUCCACAACAUCAAAAGCUGCUGCAGUCGUAAUGAUUCUAGCUUUUGUUGUUGCGCAUGGGCUGCCUUGGGACACCGUGGACGGGUUGUUGCGUCUCAUCGAAGCAUUGUUUGGAUUUCAAGGUGACAUGCUGCCUCGAAGCAAGUAUCUACUCAGGAAGUUGUGGAAUCCAACGAUGCAUACGGCCGUGAAUCGCCAUUACUAGUGCAACAUUUGCGGAAGUCAACUAGAGCAGCUAAGUUCAGAGACAAUGCGCUGUCGAGAAUGCCAAGCAGAUAUGAAAGUCUCGCUAUUGAAUAACGCAGGUUGCUUUUUCAGCAUCUUGAACAUCAAGCAGCAAAUUGGUCAGUCAAUAGCAAAGUUUAAGGACCUUCUGUUCGCCCAAAUGGAAAAAAUAGAGCAAGGAUUGCAAUGCGAUUCAGUGAGUGACAUCACCAGUGGUGCCAUAUACAAGAGUCUUAGACAGAGUGGCAAGAUAUCCCACAAGGACUUGACGCUCACAUUCAACACUGACGGAAGCCCUGUUUAUAAAUCGUCGAAAGCGUCUGUGUGGCCCAUCCAGUUCACUAUAAAUGAACUACCGCCAGGUGUGCGCCGCCAAAGCCCUGUUCUGGCUGGAUUGUGGUUUGGCCACAAACAUCCAGACAUGAUGGUGUUUAUGGAAAAAUUUGUGGAAGCAUUGCAGGCUGUUGGAACUGUUGUGUGGCAGCAUGGAACAGAAACGGUUAGAUCAAAAGUUCAUUCCAUCUGCUGUUCAGUUGAUGCACCAGCCCGUGCAGCAGUGACAAACCAGACACAGUUCAAUGGAAGGUUCGGCUGCUGCUGGUGCCUGACCUGUGCAGAGCAAAUCGAAGGUACUCCUCGUUACAUCCAAACGGACUUUGCACUGAGAACAGAAGAAGGGGUCCUGAGAGACAUGAAGCUUGCCCUUGAGCUGAAUAUGCCAGUGAAUGGCAUCAAGGGUCCAUCGCCCCUGAUAAACCUUAAUUUGUUCAAUCCAGUGUUGAGCCAGGCAGUUGACUACAUGCACUGUGUGCUGCUUGGAGUGACAAGGCAGCUUACCGAGUUUUGGCUGGACAGUGCAAACUGCCAGGAGCCGUUCUACAUCGGUGCUCCUUCAACUAUAGCCAAGCUGGAUAAACGUCUCCUGAGUAUUUGCCCACCCCACUGCUUCACACGGCUGCCACGGUCCUUGGCAGACAGGUGCUUCUGGAAGGCGAGCGAGUGGAAGAACUGGCUGCUCUACUACUCUCUGCCAACAGUACUCGGAGUGCUGCCACCGCGGUUCUGGAGGCACAUGUCAAUGCUGGCCGAAGCCAUUUUCACUCUGCUCAAGAGUGAAAUUUCACCAACUGAUCUUCAAUGUGCAGGUCACCUGCUUGAAUCAUUUGUGUGCAGAGCUGCAAACCUCUAUGGGACUCGCUUCAUGACUUAUAACGUCCACCAGCUUCGCCAUCUGACGUCAAGCGUGGAGCAUCUGGGUCCUCUUUGGGCAAACUCAGCGUUUCCCUUCGAAACAGGGAAUGGGAAGCUCACAAAGAUGGUAAAGGCAGCAAAAGGAGCUCCGACACAAAUACUGGAGAGAGUCACUCUGGAAGGAGAGCUGGAGCUUGCGCUGCAUUUGCUUUCUCUUCCGCAUGAUGUGGUGAGGUUUUGCGAAAGACUGCUUGGCAAUGUUCCUAUUAAGAAAGUGACUCGAAUUGAUAAUGUAUGCUUAUUUGGAGCACCAGUUACAGCUAUGUUGUCCGAGCGGGAACUGCAAUCUGUGCAAAAUUUCUUGGACACAACAUGUGCUGUAAUUGAGGAAUAUUCAAGAAUGAGCUUUGAAGGCACAAUUAUACACAGCCAGCAGUAUAGAAAAGCAAAGAAAAGUGACUGUUCUGUCGUUGCAAGCCAUGAUGGGAAAUUUUUUAUAGUUUCCCAUAUAUUGCAUGUAAUUGCCGGCAUUUCUGGCUUGGUUCUCUUGCUUUGUCAGAAACUGGGAAUUGGUGAAAAUGCUGAUGGUUUUCCUCCUCACAUCAAAGAGUGUUUUUUUUCACCUGUUGACACUUGUGUUGUUUUAAAGCCUGCUUCUGUUGCAAUGCCGGCUUUGUUUAUAGACUUUGAGGCUGAAAGCAAGCAGUAUGUAUGUGCAUUGCCCAACAUUGUAGAACGGGAUUGAACUGAAGUACAAAAACAAAAGUCUCUGCGUCACUGUAUUUACGGAAAUCUAACUAGCACGUUUUUUCUGAGAAACUGCGUUAAAAAAUAACCUGAACUUAUAUAAAACAAAAGCUGCAUAUAUGGCCACCAGUGUUUGUGGCAUUGUGGAAAGCUCGGUAUCUGCAAGAACGCUCGCUGCCGCCUACUUUGACAAGUCAGAUGCAGAGUUGCAUAUAAUCUGAAUUAACUUCUGGGGUGUUACAUGCCAAAACUAUGAUCUCAUUAUGAGGUGCGCUGUAGUGAGGGACUCUGGAUUAAUUUUUACCACUCGGGUAUAUUCAACGUGCCCCGAAUAUGCACUGGUUCCUUCAUUGCUGUGUUCUACUGUGGCUGUAUACUGCUCUUUGAGCUGUUUGGUCGGAGUAAAUUCCUCAAACUGGGCUUUACUCUGCGAAAGCAGAGACGAGCUUGCAUUGCUGAAUGUUUGGCAAUGUCGAUGUUAGGAGAAUGAAGCUAGGAUUGGGCUUCCUGAAUGAUCCUAUUAGUCUGCGCUCGUAAUGCAGAUUGCUUACCCUUAAAUCAAUCAAUCCGGAUAGUGUCGAAGCUAGCUGAUGUCCUUGCAACUGUGCCGAUCUUCACAUCCAUGAUCAUUUCAUUCCUCAUUGCCCUCAAUGUGAAGCCAGAGUAGAGUUGUAACCUUGCAGAAAUUGAAGAAGAGACUGGCAGUCUAAGCUUACCGUAUUUACUCAAAUCUAAACCGCCCUUUAUUGUAAAAAAACAAAGAAAACUUACCUCAAAUGCAAGCCGAAUUAAAAAAAGGCCUUUUUAUUGACAGAAAAGCAUGAUUUUUAUUAUAUAAGUGUGCGUACCAUAGGCACGUCCUAAGUUCACUUGUCAUCCACAACAUCGCUGUCCUCCUCUUUGCUCACUUCCCAAAGAGCAUCGUCCUCACUUCAGUCCAGCGUGUUAGAAAUGCAGCAUUUUCGGAAUGCUCUGGUAAUCAUUUCAGCUAGAAUUUCAUCCCAUGCCACUGCAAGCCAGGGCAUCUAUUCUGCAAUGGUGAUACCAUUGUCUUCAUGUGACGUAAUGCUCAAACAGCCAAUCAGCUCAUCCGAUUUUUCUCAACCAGCCAAUCAGUGUGCAAUUGAGGGUGACACUACAGUUGAACCCACUUAUAAAGAUAUCGGUUAGCACAACAAAAUACUGCUACACUGUCAACUUUUGUAUGUUUUGUAUGGGGAAAUAACCUGCUUUCUACAGUGGCCCCAUGCCGCAUUAUCGGUUAUAACGAUGAAUUCUGGCUGCUGAAUGUCCGUGCUGAAAGGUAACGGAAUCUGAAAUCCUUGAAAAGAAAAAAAGUGAAAUGCUAGCCGCUCCAUGCUUGCCCGCCACUGCAACUGCCGCCGUGCGCUUCCCUCCAUGGGAGAUUCACACCAGCCUCGCGCAUCUCUCCCGUCGCCCUUCCACCCCUCCGAACAAGAAUGGGCUGCGGCCAUAGCUCUGUGCCUCGCCACUCUCCAAAACGCAAGUGGACCACGCCAACUGCACCGCCGGCACUGCUCCCAGAUUGCUCGCUGGGCCAUCUCUAUGGCUGGGUCCUCACUGUUGGUUCUUUAUUCUAUGGUCCUCAUUCUGCCCAGUUCUGCUAAUGGAUUAAGUCACUCGUACUUGUCUCUGUUUGUUGCAUCGAAGCCAUUCCUGGCCAUGUUGUUUCUCAGCCUUGUAUGAGUUGCUGCCGAAAUGGAAGAUGGCUGAUCUGCCUGCUGUUCAUCAGCAAUCCACUACUUUGCUGGUGAAAAAAAGGCACACUGCUAUAGAUUUGGAAACCAAAUGCUUCUAACUGAUGAGGCGAUCGUCACAAACGUGCAUCGGAUAGCGACAGUGACGGCCACGACAGCAGCGCCGACACUGUAGGGCAGGCUGCUUCAAAUCGGCUUCACCCAGUCCAUCGUGGCGCUGUUCAUGGAACUUUUCUCGUGAACGUGCGCUACAACAUUCCUGGGGAACUUUUAUUUGGCCAGUAGUGUGUUG